AUGGCUCCGUCGCCCUACGAGCUCUCGCUGCUCCUCAACCCUCUCGUUCCCGACUCAUUAACGCACAACACUCGAACUCUCUCCAACAUCCGAUCCAUCUCCGGCCUCCUCCUCGGGAUCGCGGCCGGAAUCCUGGGGCUCGAAUCGCUCUGGGGGUUCGCGUUCUACCUUGUCUCCAACAUGCUGAUCUCGGCGCUGUUCUAUUUCUUCCUGGUGGGCGCAAAGCCGCAGAAAUACUUUGCCGGGACGGCUGGGACCCGAGGAUUGAAUGAGAAAGGGCCGGGGCGCAAUCAAGGCAGCGGCGCCUGGAGAGAGAUUUGGCUCGGUGGAGGCUUGUUCACAGAGGCGUUGAGCGGCUUUGUUCUGGGAUGGGCCGGAGUUGGUGGUGUGAUUCGAUAA